UCGAAAAGAACACAUAAUAGCCCAAAUUUAAUUAACAUACACACUAUUAAGCGCACUGAGUGUUGGGGGUGCUCUGUUUUUGCACUUCUUUCUCUACUUACUAAUGUGGCUUGGCUAGAAUGCACUUGGCUAGAAUGCACUCGCUCCAACAAUAUCGUCCCUCCCCCGCCGCACCUCACAAUGCAUCAAGUAGCGGCUCGUUGGGAGACAACCAUGUUCGAGAAGUCGUCGCUUCGAACAGUAUCGUCUCGAAGUCCAACCUCUGGCGCUACAUUCAGGGGAUGGACUUCAACCCUGCUCGAAUGAUUUUGGCUGAAAUGAUGGGGACGUUCAUACUAAUGUUCUGUGUUUGCGGGAUCAUAGCAAGCACCCAAAUUCUCAAAGGCCAAGUCGGGCUGUUGGAGUACGCGGCCACGGCGGGGCUCACCGUCGUCGUGUUGAUCUUCUCCAUAGGCUCGAUUUCCGGCGCACAUGUUAAUCCCGCCGUCACCAUUGCCUUCGCCGCAUUCGGCCAUUUCCCCUGGCCUAGGGUUCCGUUCUACGUAUCGGCUCAAACGAUCGGUUCGAUCCUGGCAACCUACGUCGGGAAGUCGGUGUACGGGAUCGACCCGGAGCUGAUGGGUACUAGACCGCUUCAGGGCUGCGUGUCUAGCUUCUGGGCUGAGUUCAUGGCCACUUUCAUGAUCAUGUUCGUCGCCGCCGCGCUUACUUGCCAUGCUCAAUCAGUGGGUUACUUAUCUGGAUUGGUGAUCGGAAUAUCCAUCGGACUCGCAGUGCUAAUUACAGGGCCGAUUUCAGGGGGGUCGUUGAAUCCGGCGAGGUCACUUGGUCCGGCGAUCGUGGCGUGGAACUUUAAGGACAUAUGGGUGUAUAUAACUGCGCCGAUAGGGGGAGCUCUGGCCGGAGCUCUGACGUUCCAUGCGUUGAACCUGCAGCAGAGGAGAGCGCAGCCGUGCGCCGUGGAGGAGUCACCGUCGCCGUCACCGGAUAGUGGGUUGCUGGUUAGCUUUUGGGGAUUCUAGUGGUUGAGAUUAGAGAUGGUCCCAAUUAAUCAAGCUGGCUUGGUUUCUGGUUCGUAAUUUGGUGUGGAUAAAAGUGAAAAGUUGUGUAAGAACAUUAUUUCUCAUCAGCCUUUCUGGUGGUGGAAGAAGAUGAUUUGGUUGUUAUUGUCAGUUGUGGAAGGAGAAUGAGAAGGAUGUUCAUAUUCUUGGUCCAUACCAGAACUCUUCUGUUCUGGUUUUAGUUUUCAAUGAUUUCAAAGAAAUAGGGAACAAGACUACAAGAGUAAGUACUAUCGAAAAGUAUCUUUUACAAGUGGGCUUCAUUAUUGGAUUGGGCCCCGAGUGGGCCUGCAUAUCGAAAAGGGGAUUUAUAUUUACUAUUUAGCACCAACACCAAGUCAUGUGAAUCCCCUUAGCCAAGUUUUUGUGGUUCAAGAUAAUGUGGAAUCCACAUCUUUCAUGGAACAUGUUUCAGCCUAGUUCUUUUGAUCCAGUUGGUAAGGUGGGUGUCUUAAUCAUCUGGGUAGCUUUGAUAAAUGUAGAAGACAAAGAAGGUUGUAGUUUUGUUUAUAGCAAUUACUUUUUCUGAGGUGGGGAAUGUGAGUAACUGAGUAUUAUAGGUGGAUUUUUUGGGGAUGUACAAUGGCUGAGUUAUGUGAUUACUGAGAUUAUGCAUUUAUAGUUCUUCUACAAAUCACAACGACAAUGAAAAAAAAAAUCGUUUGAAUGAAGGUUCUCGGGAAUUUAUGAGGGAUUUGGAACUAAAAUUUUUCACUUAAAAUUCAGAUAUUUUAUGUGUAAGUGGGGGCUUAAUCACAUGUUUGAGGGAUGGUUGUGUUUAAAAGUAUCGGUUUAAAAAUUCGGCACCUAAAAAAUAGUUUAUUUUCGAAUCUUUUACUAGACGUGAAAUUUUUCAAAAUACGACAGAACGUGAGUUUUGUCGAAAUUCUUCAUUGAAAUCCCUUAUCAUUGACAAAUCCAUACUAAUCAAAUUUCUUAUCUCUUUCUAAUUGGUUAUAAUGGGAUCAGCGUUGUCCCUUACUGGAACAGAGGGAAGCCGGUGAUCUACACAAUUCCGUCAGCCAAACAGAUCCCAUACUUGUGGCACAAAUGGACACUAAUAGCUAUAGCAAUAGCUAAGAAGGAAACGAUGAUUACGGAACUGCUGAACAUAUAUUAUUUUUGUUUGUUUGUUUUUUUGUUUGUUGCAUUGUUAUGAGUAUUUAAUAGAGGGAAAAUCUAGCA